CAGGCAAACGGCCAAUACAUGCGACGCUGAGCAACGCUGACUGUCAAGUUCGAGUUGGAGCGUCCGCAGCAGAAAUGUCAUUCACCUGUAACUUAAUGACAAUUAGGGCGGCGCCUUGAAGAACGUGCCCGGUGACGCGGAAAUGGCGAAGUCGACAGGGAAAGUCGAUUGUGCCUGCGCUUUGAGGCCACACAGCCCUGAGACUGCAUGUUCUGAUGUCUCUUGCUCAGAAGCUGCAGCACCAGACAGGGAAUGCACUUCUUUGGGGUCCAUCGGCAAGGGGCUCGAGCGGUCGAGCACGGAUGUAACAACAGCAGUGCUACGCGCAAGCAAUCUUGCAGCUGGAGCAGACCCAGAAAGGGUCGGAGCCUUGUUCGGGACCUGCGGCUCAGUGGAGGGUGUAAGAAUGAUGCCAGACUCCGAGGGCGUCAUUGCGCUGGUGACAUUCAAGUGUGCCAAGGCCGCGGCACACGCGCAGGCUUCCCUGGACUGCGCGCAAGACACUGGCAUCACCAGCGCCAACAAGGCGCUGCGUGUGGAGCUGGCGGGAGCGGAUGACACCGUCCCAGCGGCACCCAGUAGUUGUGCGGCGGCGCGUGCUGAUGCCGUGAGCUCUGGCGACCUGCACCUGCUGCAAAACCACGAAACCAGCGACAGCGUGCCUGGCUCCUCUCUUCCUGGCACGGCAUCCAACGGCCGCAGCAUGCUAGACGAGUUCUUGUCCGUGCGGCCGGCGGAGUCUACUACGGCUGCGGCCGCACAGACACCUGUUGCUGCCACCCAGCAGCGGCAGUCGCACCCGGUAACCGGCACCUCCGGCGGCCCGAGCUGGGCUGACAUGGCGGAUGAAAGCGAGGGGGGCGAUGAGCAAGCCUCUGCCACUUUUGAUGUUGGUAGCGGAGGGCGGUACGACAGUGCGUGCGAGGGCGCGGUGGGCGAGGGGGCGCCCGCGGAUGAGGAUGACGCCAUUGUGUUUGACGACGGCGAUGAUGAGAACGUGAUGGCUGGGCCUACAGCCGCCGCGGCCGCGGCAGAGCUGGCGGCAGCGGCCGCCGCGGCGGAUGCGGCGCUCGAGGCCGAGAGCCUGUUGAUGGAAGCGUGUGCUGUCGGCAUGCGUGGCUCCGGCGGCAGCUUCAGUGGCGGCGCCCACGGCAGUCGCUUUGCGCAGGCGGCGCAACUGCUCCCGUCCUUUGGCCGCACCAGCUACGGCAGUGGCGGCAACGCGAACGGCGGAGAGGGCAGCAGCAGGCUGCUGCUGGCAGCCACACAGCCGCGCGGGCAGCUCCACCAGUCAGUGGCGCAGUCCUGGGAGGCCCGCCACCUGUGGCUGGGCAAUCUGCUGCCGACAACAACCGGCGCGCAGCUCGAGCGCCUGUUUGCGCCGUACGGUCCGCUGGAGUCUGUGAGGGUGUUCGCCGACCGGAACUUCGCCUUCGUCAACUUCAUGACCGCCCAGCAUGCCUCCACGGCAAAGGCGGCGCUGGAGGGCCAGCCGGCGUUCGGGAUCACCGGCGGCCGGCCUCUCCUCAUCCGCUACCAGCAGCAGCGCCAGCAACAGCAACAACAGCAGGGCGCAGCGCCGGCUGCGACAGCAGCCUUCGGCCACUCCUCCUCGGCCUCUUCAUUGCCACAAGGCCAGCAGCCGCCGUCGCUGUUCGGCGGGCUCAUGCGCGACGAUGGCGGCGACCGCCGCCAACAGGCACAGCCGCCGUCGCUGCCACUCGAGCUAGGCAUGAUGACGCUGUCGCUGCCCGGCUCGGGUGGUGAUGGCAUUGCUGGCAGCGGCGAUACUUUGUCGUCUGCAGCGGCGGCAGCCAUGGCAGCAGCUUCAGCGGCAUCCGGCGGUGGUCUAGCCGGAAGCCUAGCCUCCCCCAGCUCCUACCUGUCUUCGCUGUUUGCCGGCAUUGGAAACCGCUCCGCUCAGCCGCUGCUGACGCACGUUGCGCCGGCAGGCGCCGCUGCGGGCGCUGCUGGCGAGGACGCUCCGACCGGCGCCGCCAACUUGUUUGGCAGGGCCUCGCUCGGCAGCGGCGACGGCGCCAGCCAGCCGCAUCCGCCGUCGUCGCAGCAGCACGGGGAGCGCAGCUCGGUCAGCGGCAGCCUCAGCUCCAUUGUGUACUGUGGAAAUGGCGGCGUUGACAGCGGUGCCAGCACGUUCCCGGGCGGUAUGGAGGCCAGCAUGGAGCCCGGCGGCUCCCCGAGCAAUCUGGGCGCCGGCUGGAUGCAGCAGGCUGGUGGUCUGGCGGCAGGUGGCGGCGGCGGCGCUGCGGCUGGCGGCGACGACCGCCUCAGUCGCAACCUGUGGCUGGGCAACCUUGUUUCCAACGUGGACCGGGGAGCUUUAGAGGUCCUAUUUGGCCGCUACGGUCCGCUGGAGUCGGUUCGCGUGUUUCCGGACCGCAACUUCGCCUUCGUCAACUACCUCUCGGCUUCGGAUGCGGCCACUGCCAAGGCCGCUCUUGAUGGCCAGCCCGCACCGACGGUGACACCCGUGGACCGCGCACUGGAGGUCCGAUUCCAACAACGCCAGGCCCAGCAGCACCUGCAGCAACAGCAGCAGCAGCAACAGUCGCAGCCGCAGCAACCUUUCGCGGCGGGCGGCAUCGCUUCGGGUUCCCGCGCGUCAUCGGCUUGCGGGCCGCUCAGCGCCGUGCCGCCCGCUCACCGCAUGAGCUCGAUGUUCAGCGGCCCAGUCAGCGGCCAACUUGGCUGCGAGAUGGCUCGCCCCAACAGCAGCGGCGGCAGCAGCAGCGUGCCUGUCGUUGACGUCAUGGCGGGCGCCUUUGGUGGCGGCACCGGCGGCGGAGGCGGCAGCGGCAGUGCCCCGUUUCUUGCCCCGGCAGUAGGCCUGGGUGCGGUGGGGUCAGACUGGGAGUCUGCGAUGGUAGGCAGCAGCGUGUUGUCGGCAGGCGGAAUGGGCAGCGGCGCCGGUGGCGGUAUGCCGGGCAGCACCUACUCGCUGCCCGAGGGGCGCCCCAACCGGCACCUGUGGCUGGGCAACAUCCCGCACAACGUCGACAAGGCCGAGCUGGAGGCACUGUUCAGCCGCUUCGGGCCGCUGGAGUCGGUGCGUGUGUUCCCAGACCGCAACUUCUGCUUCGUCAACUUCGUGCUUCCCCAACAUGCGGCGGCCGCCAGGCUCGCACUUGACGGCCAGCCCGCGCCGUCCGUCACCGGCGCAAGGCCUCUGUUCGUGAGGUACCAGCGCGAUCAGCCAAAGGCGCGCGACGGCAAGCCGGGCGGUGACGGCCGUGAUGCCGCCGCUACAGCCGCGGCGGCCGCAGCGGCUGCGGCGACGCUGUUCGGCGGCGGCGGUCCGGGCUCUGCCGCCGCCGCCACGACCUCUGCCGCCGCCCAGGCCUUUUUGGGCAUGCCAGCAGCCGGUGGCGCCCGCCCCAUGAGCGGUGGUCCCCUGGACAUGGUUGGGGGCUUGGGCGGACUGCCUGGUGGGCUGCCCGGUAUGAGUGCUGAGGUCGGCACGCAGCAGCAGCAGCAGCAGCAGCAACAAAUGGCGGAAGCGCUGGCGGCGGCGUCUCUGUCGACCCAGACCUGGUUUGCCGACGCCGGUGGAGCGGGAGGUGACAUUGGUGACCUCGCCGCGGCGCUGAAGAUGGAGCCGGCCGCAAACCUGUCCAACAUGCUCAACCCCAACAACGUCCACUACGACCACCAGCUCGCGUCCUGGUACAAGCUACUGACGCGGGAGGCCAAGCUGGCGCUUAGCGGUCGGGACGAGGCCGGCGGCGGGCUCGAGGCCGCGGCAGCCGCGGCGGGCAGUGCCGCCGCCCCAGGCGACCUGUCGCAGCCGCCCCUCAGCCUGGACCCCUUUACCGCGCAGCUGCUUGACGGCGGCCCCAUUCCCGUGGACGUGAGAGCGCUAUCGCCUUCCGACGCGGCUGCCACAUCCACUGGCAGCAGCCGCGCGGCGGUGGCGCGGCCCUCCAUCGAGGCAGCUGCUGGCGCUGCAUGCACAAGCCCUGUCGGCGGGCCCGGCGCGGCUGCCAGCACGCACAGCAGUGUGGGCGCCGUGUCGACUGCAGGCAGCGGUGCUGUGGUGCAGCCAGCACAGCAGCGGCUGCUGGCGCAGCUGCAGGAACAGACCAUGUCGCAGCCGGGCUCGCAGGGCCCCGCCAGCGGCUCGAGCCUCCCCAACUUCCUGGGGUCCUCCCCGGCUGUUGCGGCUGCUACUGUUGGCGACCAGGCGGGCGUGUUCUUUGAUAUGCUGCUGUCAGAGGGCAUCGGUGAACUGACACCGGGCCAAAGCCAGGACCACCAGCACGGCCAACAGCAACAGCAGCAGCAGCUUUCUGACGAACUGGUUACCAUGCUGCGCUCCCUGCACAUGCAGCAGAACCUGAUGCAGGUGCAGCAGCAGGGGCAGGUCCAGCAGCAGCAGCAGCAGCAACAGCAACAGCAGCUGCAUCACCAACAGCAGCUGCAGCUGCACCUGCAGCAACACGUACAACAACAGCGGCAGGCGUUUUCCAGCUUCAUCCCACCGCCGGUCCCGCAGCUACGGCCCAUGCCACCCCAGGUGUUCCACCACCGCAACCCGCAGCUGCAGGCCCAGCAGCAGGCAGAGAAUGCCGCCCGGCGUCAACACAUGCUGCUGCGGCAGCAGCAGAUGCUACAGCAAGCGCAGCAGGCAGUCGCCAGCAGCAGCCAAAUGGUGCUCAGACCAUACGGCGUGACGUCCAUGCCAGCACCGGGUGCCGCGGCCGCCGCCGGCUUCAGCGGCGUGGGCUUUGGCGGUGGCGGUGGAGUAGAGCAAGUACAGGCGCAGCUGCUUGCGCAGCAGCAGCUGCAGCUGCAGCAACAACGGCAACAGCAGCUGCAGCAACAGCUGCAACAACAACAGCAGCAACAGCUGCAACAGCAGCGACUGCAGCAACAGCAGCAAUUGCAGCAACAGCAACUGCAACAGCAGCAACUACAGCAGCAGCAGCUGCAGCAGCUACAACAGCAGCAACUGCAGCAACAGCAGCUGGCGCAGCGGGCCCUACUGGAGGGCCCUGCAACUGCUGACGGGCCUCCUCUGGGGUUCCGCAACCCUGGCAGCAGCCUUGUCCGGGGGCAGCAGCAGCAGCUUGUGCCAGCUGGCGGGGUUUUGAGCUGGGGCAUGCACGGCUCUCAGGGCCUGGCAGGCGCCGCUAUGGUUGAGAACAACCCGGGUGGCACCAUGGGGGCAUUUGACAUCGGGGCUGGGCAGGGGAUGAUGGGCGGCGGUCAGCAGGCAGCUGGCGGCGGUGGUGUGCGACCGCUGCUGGCGACCGUGCAUCCCUUUGAGCUGGCGUCUGUUAAUCCAUCACAGCAGCUGCGGAGCCAGCAGCAGGGCUUUGAGUGGCGAUAGGCUAUUUCCGAUCCGAUUGCUGUUUGCACGCAUUUCACCGUUGGCGGGUUGGUGCUCCACUAAAUGCACACACACACACGCUAAAAGGAGGUCGUGUCUUACAUGGAAUGUGAAGGUGUGCUGGCGUGGCUUCCCCACUGUGUACGGGAGGCCCUCAUCCGCCAUGCUAUAAUGCAGUUUAGGCUCAGUAGAAUUGGAGCAAAAACUAGGUACCGCUUGCACGGUACAAUCCGUGAGGAGCAGUUGCGAACGAACCAACGGUUGCCAAGGGCGGGGUUCAUCAACUGCAUGUGCUUGGCGCCAUGACGCGCUACCGGCUACAGCAUUCAUGUUAACCUGCAAUUACUUGUGAUGCACGACACAUGGUUUGAUCAUGCUAGCUCAUGUGCACGUCGUCACUGCUGGAUAAGAACUGAUGAGGUAGUAAGGAUUAUCGAUGUGCUCGGCAUAUGCGUACGUAAAACCGUGUGAACUAAAUCGACGUUGAGCGUUCCAUGCAAACAGUCCUCUACAAACGCUCGGUAUGUUACUAAAUGUUGUGUAAUAUGGCAGAACUAUGCUAAGGUGAUAGCGGCUGGAAUUAUGUCACGAGAGAGCGCCGCAGCGAGGUGGCAAUUCGGCAGCUAUGGCACGUACCCAAUACGUGUCAGAGGCACACACGCGUGUGCGCACGUGACAACAAUUUGGUGAAAUGCGAGGCAUAACUCAUGCGAUUUCGAUCUUAUUACGGAAGAUUGAGUCGCUGGCAAAGGAGAACCCCGAGAAACGCAAACUACCAACAGCACAUGCAUUACGCGGAGGAACGGUGGCCACAUACAUGAACGCACAGUGCCGUGCAUGAGGGGAUCCAGGGCCUCAAGCGGAGAUGAAUGCGGGGUAAGGAUAUGUGAUGGGACAGGAAUGCGGGGUAAGGAAUGGUUGUUUAUAUGGAAGUGCCGGUGCCACAUGAUGAUAGGCGUUGGGUGGAUGGCAUGGAUGUGCAACUGUGCAUGAACGUUUACCAUGUGAGCUUGGAGUGGGUUUUUGGAUGGAUCCAAUUCGUUCCUCCCCGUUCCCCAUCCCCAGAACCGCGACGUCUCCGCCGCCAACGUGAUCCGUGUGCUCCUCCUGCUGAAGCUGAUGGGCUUCGAGCGGCCGAUCAAGCUGCAGCGGCCGCCAUGGCCGCCGGCGGCGGCGGGGCCGGGCUGAGAGCCUGAACGGCGCUAGCAGGGCGUGGGGCUGAGGGUGCACGUGUCGAUUGGCGGCGAGUGACGUGACUAGUUUGUUAGCUGCGGGUUAGCACGGACUGUGCACCCCACCCAACCGGCCAUGUCCGGAUUUGCGGGGAUGCCAAAGGCCCCCAACAUAGAGGCGUGUGCUUAGUAGGCGCCCGCGUCAAGGUGGCUGGGUUGAUAACGACCCGGGAUCAGCCCUUUUCCUGCCAUAAGGCAGCCACCUCCUUGUUGGAUGGACCUCGGACGAAUCCAAUUUGCAGUCCCCCAUGGGAAGGCAACGGACCCCCUCUUCUCUGCGUGAAUGAACGCAUGCAGGUCGGAAGGGCAAGAGGUGUUAUGAAGGAGUAAAAGAGGGCCCGCUUGUCAUCAGAUAGUAACGUACGGCAAGAAAGACGAGCAGAAGCAAGGGAGCUUUGUGUCGGCAGGCACAUACGGGGAAGGUUGGCUGGACCCAUAUCACGUGCUUUAUUUGCGGAGGCCUCAGCCGCCAAGGAUGCGACUGGCAUAGCCUGGACCACAGCCCAGGCAAGUAAGAGAAUAAAAUGAAUAAUGGAGGCAGAGGACGAGGCGAAGGUAGUUAAAGCGCAUGGGCAGGAAGCUGCUGUGAGAUGGACAGGGCUGGGCACGCAAUUCAGGAGGCUGCGAGGGUGAAUGGAAGAUACCCCGUACCAGAAUGCGCCCCAGAAUGCGCUUUAGCAGUGUGAGGCGAGUGAGGCGUCGAAUGAGUAUGCGUACGGGGCGGCAGUGGACGCCCUGCUGGCGGGCUGCUGUAGGCCUGGCAGCUUGCCGAUGCACGCUACCCGCUCCAGGCGCCUGGCCAGGUGAUUACACGCCAGGAUGCCCCAGGCCCGCCGUGGAUGAGCACUGCAUUGCACAUGCAUGCGGUACAGACUAGCGGCGGUCCACAGUGCAUUAGCGGUCCAUAAGUGCAUAAGCGGUCCGUAAGUGUUCUCUAUAUGGGUAGCUCUUGGUUCUCUUGGUGCUGGUGGGUGGCAUGUCCUACGCGCGGUAGUGGCGCCGGCUGCGGCUGUCACAGGCAGGCUGGGCCUCAUACAUGGGGCCGUGUUCAUAGGCACGUACGAUUGUCAUGCACAACACCAGCUGCUGACACGAGAGGGAAUACGAUGCCGGUAUGGCGGGUGGUGGUGGGGUGGCUGGGACUGACUGCCAUGUCGCAGUUGUGAUUGACUGGGCCUGGAGGGAGUGUGCCCCAAAUUUAAGCACUGUGGUGU